ACCAGCCUUGAGCGUUAUCCAUUUGAGAUCUCAAAAGCGACAUUGGCAGCACUCAGGGCAGCUUCUCCCGAGGGCAGCAUUGCGCACACUGGCACGUACGCUGUGCGCUCAUUGGCUGACAUUGACAGGAAGAAGUGACUUGCAAUGCCAGCUCAAGCAACUGUCGCCAGCUCUAUCCUAGGGUUUUCAUGGUGUCUGAGCAGGGGUUUAGCUGGCGUUUGACUCGUGAGCUGUCUUCGUUCUGUGCAAUGGCUGCUCGUGCAAGCAAGCAUUGAGGGCUGCGGUUGCGCUGCAGAAAGUGGUUUCAGCAAGAAGAAACAGGCAAUUGAGCUGGGCAAUUGCGAGGGAGUGUGUCUGAGAACUAGUCUGGGCUAAUGGCACGAGCUGAAGGAGUGUCGGAACGCCCCAGUGAGCUGCCGGCAUUGUAAGCCCCGAGUGCAAUAAGCUGCAGCGCGUGCCAAUAAGCGGCUACUCGCUGCACAAUAAGCGUGCAAUGCAUGCUGGCCCUGCUGUUCUUCCCUUGCCCCCGCGCCGCGAGUAAAGCGCAGGGGGGCGGCAUUGCAAAUAAGUCGGGUGGGGGUGCGCCCAAUGCAGCAAUGGCACAUGGCUCUUCGUUCGGGGACACAACCUACACAAAAGUCUUUGUGGGGGGGCUCGCUUGGGAGACGGGGCGGGAGACCAUGCGGACGUACUUUGAGCAGUUUGGGGACAUCCUCGAGGCCGUUGUUAUUACAGAUAGGCAGACGGGGCGUUCCAAGGGCUACGGCUUUGUUACAUUUAAGGAUGAGGAGUCAGCUAGACGAGCGUGUGCAGACCCCACCCCCAUCAUCGAUGGACGGAGAGCAAAUUGUAAUCUAGCCAGCUUAGGACAGAAACCCAGGCAGGGCCGGGGGCCUCGAUUAGACGCAGGUCCUCAAGGCGCCGGACCUGGCUUCCCCUCCUUUCCCCAACAAAACCCUUAUGCAUACCCCCCAAAUCCCCAACCCUUUGCCUUCCAGCCAUUUAGUUUUUCACAACCACACUUUGACAGCACAGGCGCUUACGGUUUCCAACAACAACAGUUCCCCUACGGUCAGCAGGGCUACAUUACAGGCCCUGCAGCCGGCUUCCAAAACCCCCCUGGCGGUCCCGCAUAUGGUGGCUACCCCACUGCCUUUGGGCAGUUCCCACAGCAGCAGGGUUUCGUAGGAGGCGGACAACCAGGGGCCGUCUUGCAACCGGUCUACCCAGUCCUAGGUCAGCAGCAAAUGGGAGGGGGGGCGGGGCAACACUUCCAGGGCCCGGGACAGCCCAUGCCGAUCCCCCAACCCCUUCCACAAGGCCCCGGGGCCCAGUCCGCGCAGCCCGGGGGGCAGCAGCAAUAUACUGGGCAGCAACAAUACCCAGGACUAAUACCGGGGGGAAACGACGGCAGUGGGCCGACCGGAUGAGCGCCCCCUCGCCCCCCCCAACGAGAAGGUUGUAAAACCACGCAGCCGCCGAGUUUGGGGGGGCGUUUUUGUGCGCGCUGUCGUCUGUCCUGGGGGGCCGAAGGUAUUUUGAACACGACAGUCUCGAGCCUGGGGUCCGGUCUCCCGUUAACAGGUCAGAGCGCUGUACGAUGCGGUUUACGGAUCCAUUGACCCCCGGGACAAGAAAUCAUACGCCGUGUGCCUAACUAGGCGGUCGGCCGGUCCUCCGUCCGCCAGAACUUUAGAGCCUCAAUGCAGUAGAAAGGCCCGGCAAGUAGUUCCCAUGCUUUGGGAAGCGGCCCAUAUACAGCAUUGUCAGAUAGGUGAGGCGCCUCAGGCGAUGAUGAGCGUGGGCACUCCGAGAUCAGGGCUGGCCGCCAAGCAGCGCAGACGCAGCGUUGGGCGACCGAGGGCCGAGCCGAGACAUUCCGAAUGUGUCUGUGUAUAACACGAGUUCGAGCAAAAAGUUGCCGACAACUACAGGAGGCACUCGGGAAUCACGACUUCGAAGCGGUUCAUUCCAAUGCGGGCAUGUUAAAACUAUGAGUG